UUCGCCUAAAGAGCUGAUUUCACGACCCGGAACUUGGCGCCAUGAACUUCAAAGAAAUUCCAAUCAAGAAUCCAACCACCUUGCCAUCGCACUUUGGCCCUGGCUCCCAAUGGGGGAAGCCGUACUAUCCCAUGGGCCAAGAAUGCGAGAAGGUCCAUGUGCCAAGAAGCCGAGGCACGAAUCCCUUGAGCCUGAGUGCCACAGCCAAUUGGCAAUGCGUGCCCAACACACGCUUCGAGCGCACCAUGCAUGUACUGCAUGACCCUCCCUCCAGCCGCUCCUGCGUCGUCUCGCACAACCCGGAUGGGCUCUUCAUGGAUUCGCAAUCUCACUACACCAAGGUGGGAUCGAAACACCUGUGUGAUCCUCGACCCGAUCAUCCACAUGCGCUUGCCAGGACCAUCAGUGUGCCGUCGAUGCAUCCCUACAACGAGCGUCGGGCAUUGCUGCGGGAUCCGACCCCUUGGCAUUUCAACGAGAAUUUUACGACCAGCAACGACAGCUAUGGCCUUUUCUACAGUAGUCACUUGAUCCAGGAGCCAACAGUUCACCGGCGGAAUAAUUUCGACUGGAUCAGAGCAAAGCGCAAGAUGAAGUGAGCAAGAGCAGCAGGAGCAGCAGGAGUUGUCAGCUUGGGCUCAGCCACUUGAUGCAGCUUCUUUACAUUUCUGCAAUGAUUCUUCAAUUGCAGCAUUUUGCGUGUCCGUUUCACUCUUAGUCGAACCUGGCAAAUGUCAGCGUGAAUGGUAUUUAUGUGACUGCCAAA